AUGAACGUUUGGACAGAACACCGUAACCCGGAGGGAAGAACCUAUUGGUUCAACACCGGCACCAGGGAAAGUGUUUGGGAGAAACCAGAUGACUUGAAGACACCAUUCGAGCGAGCCUUGAACCAGACGAAAUGGAAGGAGUACAUCUCGGGUGGCAGGAAAUACUACUACAACACCGACACGAAGGAGUCGAAAUGGGACAUGCCCGACGAGCUGCUCCUUGUCCUGGAGAAGGUAGAGAAGGAAGGGACAACACAACCCGCAAAUGCUCUAGUCACGAACCGCGGUGUUCCGGCUUUCACCGCCGCUGGGACUCCAAUGCAAGGUGCACCUGCUGCUAUGGGAGGCGCUGAUCCAUCCUUAUCCGCCCCCGGUUCUCAGGCAAACGGAAACUCCGAGCUCGCUGUUGCUGCACACACUGGUGCAUUGCCGUUUCAAAAUACUAGUGUUCUGCCUGCGCGGCCAAACCUACCUGACGACCCCGUGAUACCUCACAAUGGGUUUACAACGGUGGAGGAGGGAGAAAAGGCGUUUACGCAUCUGCUGCGCAAGGCUGGCGUGGAUGCGAAUUGGACGUGGGAUCAGACGAUGCGUGCUAUCAUCACUGAUCCUCUGUACAAAGCACUGAACACUCUGGCGGAGAAGAAGGCUGCUUGGCAGAAAUAUACGGACAACCUCCGGGCAAAGGAGCAGGAAGAGCGUGACGCGCGGCUUUCGAAGCUACGUCCCGCCGUCAGAAACAUGCUCAAAGGCAACCCAAACGUCUUCCAUUACAGUACGUUUGCCAAUGCAGACAGGCUGUUCGCACAGCAUCCCAUCUGGCAGCAAGCGAAGAUCGAGGCUGAGCGGAGGCUCAUCUUCGAGGAAUACGUCGCUGAACUGAGGCAGCGCGAGGUGCAAGAGACUCGUGCGGCGCGGGCCCGUAGCGUCGGGAAGGUCAUGGCGCUGUUCAAGCGACUCGACGUGGAUGUGACUACUCGUUGGCGUCAAGCCCACCAAAUGGUGCUCGACUCUGACGAGUGGAAGGACGACCCGGAACUGCAGAUGUUGCCUACGCUUGACAUUCUCCUGGCCUUCGAAGACUACAGCCGAGUCCGUGAGCGGGAGUUCGAGGAGCAGAUGCGGCGCUCGCAGGUGGAAAAGACGCGCAAGGAGCGCAAGGCGCGUGAGGCAUAUAGGGACCUGCUUCAGAGUCUCGUGAAGUCCGGCGAGAUCAAGUCGCGUACGAAGUGGAAAGACGUCUAUCCCGCCUUAGCUAACGACGCCCGCUACCUGGACAUUCUUGGCAACCCCGGUUCCAACCCGCUCGAGCUCUUCUGGGACACGGUCGACGACCUUGACCAAAAGCUUGACGCGAAGAUCACCGUCGUGGAGGGCGCGAUCAAUCGACACAACAAGUUGCUGGAGGAAAAGCAAGUAGGUGCGGACGGGGAUGUCCAGAUGGCCGACGGGCAGGAGGGCGGUGUCAAGCUGUUCAAUCUUGCUCCGGAGACGGCCCUGGACGAGUUCGUGGCUGUCGUCAGGAAAGAUAAUGACGAGGCUGUUGGGAAGCUUUCCGAGGAAGAGCUCGAAGAGAUUUAUCGCACGCUGCACGGUCAAGCACUCAAGCAGCAGGCGGACGAAAAACGGCGUGCCGAGAGACGGCUACGUCACUUGCAGGACGACCUGCGGUAUGCCCUCAAGAAGCUCCCAGAGCCUCUGGAUAUCAACCUUUCAUAUGACGAGGCUCUUCCUUCCAUCCAAGAGCUGCCUGAGUUCAAAGCACUCGAGGACGAAGAUGGCAGGAAAGCGGCCUAUUCGAAGUUUGUUAAACGCCAGAAGGAGCGUCUUCGCGAGCAGCGCGAGCGAGAAUCCGAGGAUGGCGGCUCGACAGCAAGUCGCAGGCGCAAAGAGCCAGUUAAGGACUCCCGCGACGAGAGAGAUCGUGACCGUGACCGUGAACGCGACCGUGACCACCGCGACCGAGACAGGGAUGACAAGGAUGUUCGGAGCUCGCGGUCGCACCGCGGACACGACGACCACGAUACGCACUCGCACCGGUCGUCUCGAGAGUACGGGCGCGAGCGUGACAAGGCAUACUACGGUCGCGAGAAGGAGCGCGAGAAGGAGCGGGACUACCCGUAUAAGUCGUCGAGGCAUCAUCGCGAGCAUGAACGUGAUGACAGGCGUCGGGAUCAUCGUGGCUCGAGAGGAGACUACGAGGACUAUCCUGCUGUGCCUGCUCCACCUGAGGCACCGCCGUUCAGGGAGGACCGGGAGCGGAGCGCGUCGACUUACCGAGAGGACCCUCGCGAGAAGCGCGAUCGAUCCAUGUAUGAGGACAGGCCGUUUGAAGAACGGGCAGAGAAGCGACCGAGGUACAGUGUCCCUCCGGAACAAGACCUACCUGCGCGUGCUGAGACUCCUGAGGAGGGCGAGAUAUAG